GUGGUCUGCUGACGCAGCAGCUGGGCGUUCCCUGUCUGCAGCAGCUCCGUGCAGAAAGGCGCGUGCGCUUCCGCGCAGCUGCAAACUGGACAACAAACAAACAGCACUCCGCCCACUGCCAACAACCCCACGAAAACAAACCUCGUCGCUCAGCAGUCAAAGAAGCACAGUGAAGCAGCAUGACCGGACGGCGCGUGGCGGUGAUCGGAGCGGGGAGCUCGGGCCUGGCCUGCAUCAAGUGCUGCCUGGAUGAAGGGCUGGAGCCCGUCUGCUUCGAAAGCAGCGAUGACUUCGGGGGACUGUGGAGGUUUAAGGAGAAUCCCGAGCCGGACAGGGCCAGCAUCUAUCACUCUGUCAUCAUCAACACCUCCAAAGAAAUGAUGUGCUACAGCGACUUCCCCAUUCCCGCUCACUUCCCAAACUUCAUGCACAACUCCCUCAUCAUGGACUACUUCCGAAUGUAUGCCGACCAUUUCAGGCUCACCAAGCACAUACGCUUCAACACCAAAGUUUUGCAGGUGAAGCAGAAGUCAGAUUUUUCUCACUCGGGCCAGUGGAACGUUGAAACGGAGAACAAGGAUGGGAAGAAGGAAAAACACAUCUUUGACGCUGUGAUGAUUUGUAUCGGACAUCACUGCCAGCCCAACCUGCCCCUUCAUGACUUCCCAGGUAUUGAAACGUUCAAAGGGAAGUAUUUCCACAGCAGAGACUACAAGACCCCUGAGGAGUGGAGGAACAAGAAGGUUGUAGUGAUUGGAAUUGGAAACUCUGGAGGAGAUAUAGCAGUUGAACUGAGCAGAGUCACCAAGCAGCUCUACCUGAGCACCAGGAGAGGAGCCUGGGUUUUGAACAGAGUUGGAGACAAUGGAAUCCCGCUUGACUUGACAAUCAACAGAGUUUUGAAUUUUUUUGUCAAAAUCCUUCCGUAUGGCUUUCUAUGUUCCCUGGUAGAAGGCCAGCUCAACCAAAGAUUUGAUCACGCUCUGUACAACCUAAAGCCCAAGCACAGGUUGUUCAGCCAGCAUCCCACUGUGAAUGAUGAUCUUCCCAACCGUAUCCUAUCUGGAACCAUUCAAGUCAAGCCCAACGUCCGCAGAAUUCAAGGUUCCAGUGUGGAGUUUGAUGAUGGGAGUGUUGUGGAAGACGUAGACCUUGUGGUGUUUGCCACUGGUUACAAGUUUUCCUUUCCCUUCCUGGCUUCACAAGUGGUCUCAGUGACUGAGAACAAGGCGUCGCUGUACAAGUAUGUGUUUCCGCCUGAGCUGGAACGCCACACGCUGGCUAUAAUUGGUCUGGUGCAGCCACUGGGCGCCAUCAUGCCCAUCUCUGAAAUGCAGGCAAGAUGGGCCACGCGGGUCUUUAAAGGCUGCACAAAGCUCCCUUCACAGUCUGCAAUGAUUAAAGACGUCAAGUCCAAAAAGGAGGAAAUGAAGAAAAGGUACUUCCUGACCCAAAGGCACACCAUCCAGGUCGACUACAUCCCCUACAUGGAUGAGAUCGCAGAGAUGGUGGGGGUGAAGCCCAACAUCCCCAGGCUGAUGCUGACUGACCCCAGGCUGUGGAUGAGCGUGUUGUUUGGCCCCUGCACCCCGUACCAGUAUCGCCUCAGAGGGCCGGGGAAGUGGGCGGGAGCCCGCCAGGCCAUUCUCACUCAGUGGGAGAGAGUAGUCAGACCGAUGCAGACUCGGCCAUGCGGCGAGCCUGAAUCCAAGAAGUCAUCGAAGUGGCCUGUGAUUCUGGCUGGUGCUGCUCUGGGAUUGGCUGGAUACGUCUACAGGGACGGCCUUGCUGAUGUCCUUCAGAAUCCAGCCGCCUUAUUGGACAAGAUCAAAGUGUAUUUGCCUGUACACUCAUUCCGAGUUUAAAGAAUGUUAAUUUUAUCAAAGUUUCAAAUCAGUCUAUAAUUUAAAUGUGGAUCAAUAACAUUCCAACAGCUUGUAAUCAUAAAAUAAUUGAAGCACCACUGUCAUCCAGGUUGUCUAAAUGUCCAAUUUGUCAUUUGUUGUUAACUUAAUUCUCUCUUAUUUUGAGGGAUUUUAUCUGCUUCAGUUUAAUAGACUCUAAAAUUCAUUUCCUGAAAGUGCUUGUCUAAAAGGUAAUUUUUUUCAGAGCUUUUAUUGUUUCAACUCAGUCUGUGGAAGAAGCCUUUAGAUCCUCCUUUAAAUGGGGGGAGGGCUGAAUUUGUAUUCUUUUACUUGUGUUUUUAUCAAUGUUUAAUUACAAAAAGUACACUCGUAUUUUGUUCUGUACUGGAGCUUUUAAUGAAUAAAUCCAUAUGAUGAUGUACUGAAUAAAACUUUUUAUUGGAAAAAA